GAGGAAACGCAGCGCCCGCUCACGUCCCGUCUGCAGAACCCCCUCCGUGUCUCUGGAGCAGCUGAUCUCAGACCACAGCAGCGGACACUUCAACCACCUUUUUGUGUUUUUUAAAUCAGUUAUUUCUUGGCUCCCCUCGGGAGGAUACUUGGGGAUAUUGUGGGAUGCUGGUCCCCGGCGCUGGUCCGCUGCGCGCCUGGCUGUGCGCGCUCAGCUGCGCGUCCUUUUUCCAAUCCGGAGACGCGUCGCGGCUCAAGACUCCUGCUCUGCCCAUCCAGUCUGAGAGGGAACCGCUGCCCUCCAAGGGCCUGCCAGGAUGCUCCUUUGGGAGUCGGUUCUACUCCCUGGAGGACACGUGGCACCCGGACCUGGGCGAGCCAUUCGGGGUCAUGCACUGUGUCCAGUGCUACUGCGAACCCCAGAAGAGUCGGCGAGGGAAGGUGUUCGGGAAGGUCAACUGUAAGAACAUCAAGCAGGACUGUCCGGUCCCGGACUGUGAGGACCCGGUCCUGCUGCCGGGACACUGCUGCAAAACCUGCCUGAAAGGUACAGAUGACAAAAAACAGGCCGAGUCUCUUCUGGACAGCUUUGAGUAUUUCUACGAGAAGGGCAAAGAGGACGAUCUCCACAAAUCCUACAACGACCGAUCGUACCUGAGCUCGGAGGACACGGGCCCCGGGCAGAGCCACACCGAUUUUGUGGCGUUGUUAACGGGCGUGACGGACUCGUGGCUGCCCAGCUCCAGCGGAGUGGCCAGAGUCCGGUUCACCCUGACCAAGACCAGCCUGACCUUCUCCAUCACAUACCAGAGAAUGGGCCGCCCAAGUAAACUAGUCUUCCUGGACACAGACGGGACGACGGCUUUUGAAUAUAAAGUUCCUAAGGGACAGUCAGACAUGAUCUGCGGGGUGUGGAAGAACAUCGCCCAGACUAUCGUACAGCAACUGCAGUCCGAGCUCGUGCGUGUCCGGAUCAGCACGGCUCCGGGCAGACGGGAGGAAGUGGAAGGAAAGAUCAUCAAACACCGGGCGCUGUUCGCUGAGACGUUCAGUUCAAUGUUGACGUCAGAGGAGGAGAAUUCGGGCAUGGGAGGGAUGGCCAUGCUGACGCUGAGCGACACGGAGAAUAACCUGCACUUCAUCCUGAUCCUGCAAGGGCUGAUCAAACAGCAGGACAAAGAGCUCCUGGUGGUGCCAAUCCUAGUCCAGCUGGUUUACCGCCAACAUAUCCUGAGAGAGAUCAGAGCCAACAUCACCUCUCAUGAUCCAGACUUUGCAGAAGUGCUGACGGACCUGAACAGCCGAGAGCUGUUCUGGUUGUCUCGGGGUCAGCUGGACAUCACCGUGGCAACGCAGGACCUGGACCAGAAACAGAUUUCUGGCUCCAUCACCGGGAGAAGAUCAUGUGAUACUAUCCAGAGCGUGAUGUCCAGCGGCGACGCGUUAACCCCAGGGAAGACCGGCGGGGUGGGAUCUGCCGUCUUUAGCCUCCACGACAACGGAACUCUGGAGUACCAGGUUCAGGUUGCAGGUCUCACCAGUGACAUCAUAGGACUGACGAUAGAGCUGAAGCCGCGGCGUCGGAACAAGCGCUCCGUCCUGUACGACCUGACUCCGGAGUACAGCCCGGCCGCGGGGCGGGCGCUGGGCAGCUGGAGCCGUCUGGAGGCCCGGCACAUCCACAUGCUGCUGCAGAACGAGCUCUUCAUCAACGUGGCCACCGUGCACAACCAGGAGGGGGAGCUGAGGGGGCAGAUACGGGCGCUGCCCUACAGCGGCCUCGACGUGCCCAGACACGAUCUGCCCUCCACUCUCGCUGGUCAGUUUGUGUCCCCACCAGUCAGGUCUGGGGCUGCAGGCCACGCCUGGGUGUCCGUGGAUAAACAUUGCCACAUGCACUAUGAGAUAAUAGUUGCAGGUCUGAGUAAGACGGAUGAUCUUUCGGUGAACGCCCACCUGCACGGCCUGGCUGAGAUCGGAGAGCUGGACGACAGCAGUACGGCACACAAGAGGCUGCUGACGGGCUUCUACGGCUCCCAGGCUCAGGGCGUUUUGAAAGACAUCAGUGUUGAACUACUGCAACAUCUGGACCAGGGAACAGCCUUCAUUCAAGUCAUAACCAAACUGAACCCACAGGGGGAAAUACGAGGACGGGUUCAUGUGCCAAACAGCUGUAAAUUUGGGGUUGGAGGAGAUGUGGAGGAGGAAGAGUUUGACUACCUUUUUGUGAAGGACCCGGAGGAGCUGAAAAAAGAUCCACAUACCUGUUUUUUUGAGAACCAGCACCACGCCCACGCUUCCCGCUGGACACCCAACUACGACAAAUGCUUUUCCUGUGGUUGUCAGAAGCGAACGGUGAUCUGUGAUCCGGUCAUCUGUCCAGUGCUGAAAUGCUCCAGAACCAUCCAACCUGAGGACAAAUGCUGCCCAAUUUGUGAUGAGAGGAGAGACCCCAAAGAUAUGAAAGCUCCUGAGAGGCUGGAAGAACAUCCUGAAGGUUGUUACUUUGAAGGCGACCAGAAGAUGCACGCCCCCGGCACCACAUGGCAUCCUUUUGUCCCUCCCUUUGGCUUCAUUAAAUGUGCUGUUUGCACUUGCAAGGGCUCGACGGGAGAGGUUCACUGUGAGAAGGUGACGUGUCCCGUCCUGACCUGCAGCCACCCGGUGAGACGCAGCCCGUCGGACUGCUGUAAGGUUUGUCCGGAGGAGGAGAGGACGUCCGUGGGGCUGGAGCACAGCGACAUGAUGCAGGCGGACGGGCCACGGCCCUGCAAGUUUGGAAAGAACUAUUACCAGAACAGUGACAGCUGGCACCCCUGGGUGCCCCUGGUGGGCGAGAUGAAGUGCAUAAACUGCUGGUGUGAUCACGGCGUGACCAAGUGUCAGAGGAAGCAGUGUCCCGUCAUCUCCUGCACCAACAUCACCCGGACGGAGGGCUCGUGCUGCCCGCAGUGUGCUGAUCAACUGAUAAUGAAAAGACCAGACAAAGUACGGACUUGGAGACACUGAUCCGCUGGGAUGUAACUCUCCAGAAAAGAACCAUGAACCCUUCUCGUCUCAUUCAACACCUUCCUAACCUUCCUAACCUUCCUAACCUUCCCAACCUUCCUAACCUUCCUCCUCCUACACGUGGCUGAGCCUAGAGCUGCACCCUGGGGUCCCUGGGGUCCCGCCCCCCCCCCCACCUAUCACCCACCCUGGUAUCAGCUUCAAGAUUGUAAUGAGGAGAAACAAAUACAGAAGGGAGAGUCAAAAGUGGAAAUGAAAGACUUAUUUAAUGAAGGAUUAAAGCUAUGAAGAGGAGCGACUCUGGCCUCUCUCUCUCCUCCUUCAGUGUUUGCUGCAAUUUCAUGUCGCUAAGUUUUCCUAAGCAUCUCAGUGGACCAAAUGUUGGAGCUGUAAAUACAACACAGCUGCUCCGUGGGACGGACAUCUAUCCGGACUUUAAGUAGCUGAUGCUGGGAAGAUUGCGUGUGUUGUAUUUAAGUGACAGAGCUUCACUUUCUGAGUGGAAUCCCAGCCACUACUGGACAAGUGUUGCUUUACUUUGAGUGAAUGUAUCACUGGAAAUAAAUGUUUUCUAGAUUUUCCAGCCGUCAGACCAACCAUGAAUGGUGUUUCUCUUUGAAACAGCACCUGUAGAUAAAAAUGUUUUCCUCUUUUUUUUUUCCUUUUUUUUUUUUUUUUUUUUACAGCCAUUGUGGAAAACGAAUUUGGUUUGUAUUUUGUAUUUAUUUAAUAGUGUGGAAACAGAAUA